AUAUUCGUAUUUAUUCAAUUCAUUCAAGUGGUUUACAUUGUGAAGAGUACUCGCAUUUAUUUUUAUAGUAAUAUCAGCUGACCCAGUGAGUUUCGUAUCACCUUACGAUUUAAUGCAAUGUUAAAUUACGAGUACAAUUUGAAAUUAAAAAAAUAUUGAAAUAUUCAAUCGCGAUAUAAAUUUAUCAUCUUACAGUGCAGACAAUUUCAUCACGACCUAGUCAAUAGUUUUUUUUUUAAGUGAAGAUGAUUGUUGUUAGAUUAUUAGUGUUAUUAGCGGUAUCAUUGGUCUAUGAGAACGAUGCAGCAAGAAUAUUGGCUGUAUAUCCUACUCCGUCUAUCAGCCAUCAAGUGGUUUUUCGACCUUUAACGAUAGAAUUACUCAAAAGAGGCCACGAAGUAGUUGUUAUUACAACGGAUCCCAUAUUCCCUAAAGGGAAAGUUCCAGCCAACCUAACUGAAAUAGAUUUCCACGAUCGCUCUUAUCAACGUUGGAGACAAAAUUUCGUGAAAUCUUCGGUGACUCAAGGAAGUAAAGAUGAUUUUAAGGAGCAAAAUAUACUAAUGUAUAAAAUAUUAAUGGAUGUACUUCGCGACCAAAUCACUUCUGUUGAAGUGCAAAACAUUUUGAAAAAUAAAAGUAAAAAAUUUGACUUACUGUUACUCGAAGCAUAUUUAAAUCCACUUCUAGCACUUACACAUGUGAUAAAAGCACCUGUAAUACAGAUCAGCUCAUUUGGAUCGACUUUAGAUAAUCUAGAAGUUGUUGGAGCUUCAACACACCCUAUUUUGUACCCGACGAUCGAUCAUCAGAAAGUUUACAAUUUAACGUAUUUGGAAAAGAUAUCAGAAUUUUACAUGCAACGUUACUUUCAAUACAUUGUUCAUGCAACCGAUGAAGAAGCUGUUUUACAACUAAAGGAAACGUUAGGAUCCGAUUUGCCUGAUUUAAAUGAAUUAAAAAAUAAUGUUGAUAUGUUGUUUUUGAAUGUGCAUCCAAUUUGGGAAUUAAAUCGUCCAGUGCCACCUAACGUUAUAUACAUGGGAGGAUUACAUCAAAAUCCUGAAAAAGAACUGCCAAAGGAUCUCAAAGAAUAUUUAGAUUCAUCUAAAAACGGUGUAAUUUAUAUCAGUUUUGGCACCAACGUGAACCCCUCACUUCUGCCUCCUAAUAGAAUACAGACGAUGGUUAAUGUACUUGCGAAAUUGCCAUAUGAUAUUCUGUGGAAAUGGAAUACUGAUGAGUUGCCUGGCCGGACAUCAAAUAUCAAAAUUUCCAAAUGGCUACCACAGUCAGACCUUUUGAAACAUCCAAAAAUCAAGCUUUUCAUCACCCAAGGAGGUUUGCAAUCGACUGAUGAAACUAUAACAGCAGGUGUACCCGUUAUUGGAAUGCCAAUGUUAGGGGACCAAUGGUACAAUGUGGAGCAAUAUGUAUUCCAUAAAGUUGGUGUCCGCUUGGAGCUGGAAACUAUAACAGAAGACAACUUUCAAAAAGCCCUCGAUGAAGUUCUUAAUAAUGAUAGUUACCGUCAAAAUAUGUUACGCUUACGAACAGUAAUGCGUGACCAACCUCAAACACCAUUAGAACGAGCUGUCUGGUGGACAGAGUAUGUUAUAAGGAAUGGUGGAGCUCGUCAUUUACGCUCUCCAGGAGCAAACAUUAGUUGGUACCAAUACUUCGAGUUGGAACUAUUAUUAACCCUUUUAUCUGUCACUGUUAUUUUACUUAGCAUUUUGAGUUACGUAACCUGUAAAGUUUAUAAAUGUAUAAAGAUCAAUUUUGUUGGUAAACAGAAGACUAGUUAAAAUCAAUGUUUUAACUAAAUCAAAUUAAUAAUUGUCUAAAUAUUUUUGGAAAUACAAUAAAUAUAAAUGUGUGUAAUAUUAGGUUCUGAGAAACACGACAGUCUUGUUCAGUUUCUGAUAAUUCAAUGAAAUAUCAAUAUAUUAAAUUGUUAAUAAUACCUGUUAUUGUUUACAAAACUAAUUAGAAAUAAAAUCAAUUUAACU